AUGGAUCAGUUAGAUUUUUCGCCCAAUAUUGUUAAGCUGGUCUCUGGACUUUGGCAACAUGAUGUAUCCGGUCACCUUCUAAUUACCACGAGAAGAAAGCCCACUGCUUUAGCCAACGAUAUCAGAGAUUUCGACGAGAGAUGUUGUCUGAGCCUUAAAUGUUUUGAAAUUGAAGAAGGGAAGAAAUUUCUUUUCCGGAGAUUUGGAAUUGUUCACGACGAAGAAGUCGAAAGAGUUGCAGAGAAAUUAGUUCAACAGCUUGGCGGGUUACCUUUAGCUCUUGAGCAAGCUGGAGCUUAUAUCAAAUCACUGCCAUGUACGAUACCUCAAUACCUAGAGCUUUAUGACAAGCAGCACAUUCGUCUUCUUAACCGACAAAAGGCAACGCGUGUUUCCGAGUAUGAUUCGCCUGAGAGAUCAGCUGUUCGUACAACGUGGCAUCUUAAUUUCGGGCACAUCAAACAGAGUGUUGAUGAUGGAAGGGCUGCAAGCAGAUUUCUGUACGCAUCAGCAUUUUUAAAUCCAAAUGAGAUUCAAAAAGAUAUUAUCAACAUUGGCGAACCACCCAUCGAAGAUGAAGAGUUUGGUGAAUGCGUGAAGACACCGUUGGGGCGUCGACAAGUCUUAAAACUGUUAACAGAUUUUUCACUUUUUAAGGAAACUCUAUCUUCCAACCUUAGCGUCCACCACCUAGUACAGGAGGUCAUACUGGAAAAUCUUAAUCCAGAAGCGGAACUUCAAUCCAUUAAUGAUGCCAUUCGUAUGUUGCAUUAUGCUUUCCGAAAUUGUUCUUCUCCUGACGAACUUCUUUCAAGUAAAAAACAGGAACGACCGUCUGUCAUUUGUGGUGAUCAGUCACGUUUUACAACUGGCAUAAACUAUGUUUACAUAGUUACGAUCUUGUAAGACAUUUGAAGAGAAUGAUCAAACAGUCUAACGUAGAUCGCACGAAGAUAUUUCAACCUAAAACAGCUAGAAUAGUGUAUGAAUAUGCUGUUCAUUUGAGUGCUAACUCAAAGCACGAUGAAGCAAAAGAAGUAGCGAAUUUUGCCAAUGAUAUAUUUAAUUUGAGCAACCAACAAGUCCCAGCAAUCUCCCUUUUCCCCCACACUAUGCCUCUACCUGAGUUAGUUCGCCGACAUAUCCAGUAUUCGUGCAACGCACCAGCAACUAGCAAGAAAGAUGAAUGUAGAGAUGGAGUGGAGAUGCAAAGCCCUUCAGUCACCUCUGAACAGCUAGAGGAAAUGCGAAUGAAAGGAAAUGAUUUGUUUAAAAAGGGCUUUUACAACGAUGCUUUGAAAAUUUAUUAUGACGCCAUUGACAUAUCAAGAAAUACAGCUUUCUUUGAUGUGAGGUUGUUAAGUAAUCGAGCAUCGGUAUAUCUUAAGCUUGGGCAAUACGAUGAAGCCUUGGAAGAUGCAGAAGAGUACAUAUUGCAACGACCAAAAUGUUGGCGGGGCUAUGCGAGGAAGGCGUUGGCUCUAGUUCAGUUGAAGGAUAUGCAGGGUGCUUAUGUUGCAGCUUCGUUAGCGUAUUACUACAAGAGAAAUAUAUUCCAUGAUUUUGAACCUUUUCGAGUUACAUUUGAUUCUUCACUGGAGAAGAGUCUGUAUGUCUGUCACAGCACUUCAAAUUUCUCAACAGCCUUGCGGAAGAUAAGAAUUUCGCAUUUAAGACGUAAUCUAUCCAAUAGUAUUUCAGACGAUUUACAAGUUGUCAUUCUAGAACCUGAUCAUUACCUUGUUUCCGUACAAACUGUUGGUUCCGACCUAGUUUAUGGAAAUGACAAGGUACACUCUAUUGGAAAUUGUAUUCUUGUAGGCAGUGAGGGCAAAUGUUCUGUAACUUUUGAUGACAAUCUUAAUAUAGCUUUCGUAAAGAAUUUUGUAGCUUACAAUGUUAGGUUUUAUUCUCGCUUCACUAACUGCCAUUUUCUAUCUGGCUCAGUCGUGAAACUUGCUCACUGUUCUUUUGAAAGUUCAAACCAUUCGUACACUUCCUUUUGUUCUUUUGGUGAAUUGAAAGUGGAUUUUUGUACGUUUUCUAAUUGCACCAAAGGCGGGUUGCUGGUUGUCGGUGAUGCUGAGAUUGAAAAUUCGGAGUUUUUUGGUAACGCUACUGCGUUAGAAGUGCGAAAGGGUGGACGUUUGCUUGUAAGAAAAACUAGAAUGUACGGCAAUAAGCAAGGAUUGCUUAUUGGUCCGCAGGCAAAGGAAUGCGUUGUGGAAGAUUGUGACCUUUAUGACAACGAGUCGUGUGGUAUCUUUGUUACUAAUUGUGCAUCUGAUGUUACAAUAAAAGGGAACCAUGUUUAUGAUAAUGACGAACUUGGGAUAUCAGUGACUCAGAAUUCAAACGUUUCUAUAUUGGAAAACGAGAUUCUAAGAAACGAUGGCUGGGGCAUAUUUAUCGUUGAUCACAGUCAGGCUGUCGUGAAGGAAAAUAAAAUUCAUCAUAACCAGUGCGGUGGAAUUUAUUUAUUGAAUUGCUCAGUCGGAAAGUCUGUUAUUGAAUACAAUAAUAUUUCUUUUAAUUCUGGACCUGGAAUUUACGAAGAAGAUUCACUGACUAAACGCAAAGAAAAUAAGUUGCAAGAUAACAAAGAAGAGAGGAAUCAAUCAACAGCACAAAGCGAAGCCAAAUUAUGCUACUGCUGCAAAAAGCCCACAACGAAUUUAAAGAAAUGCAGCAAUUGCUUUACGGCUCAGUACUGUGGAAAAAAUUGCCAAAGAAGUGAUUGGAAGAAUCACAGGGGGAUAUGCGAUCGUCUCUUAUCUGAUGGAAGCAUUGCAUUAAACUAUGUUCGAGAUCCACUGAUGGCAAUUUAUUCAUCUCCCAAUGAGCGGGACCCGUCUGAUGACUGUAAAUAUACCUUUACAUUGGCCUUGCGAGGAGCAAGUCUUCUACCUGUCGGUCCAAAAUACUGUCAACCACCAAAUGCGACGAGCUGGUUUAUCGUGAAAAUGUCCGCAGGCGUUUCGGUCGAACAAGGAAAGGGAUACGACCCUUCUGUGGUUCGACUAUACGAUCGUAGUCUGAAGAUAGAUGGGUUUCUGACUGGCGCUGAUCAAAUUUACCAUCUAGUUUGGAAGCAUGGUGCAAUGGCAGAAAUGUUUAUAUACUGGAGGAAAUUGUUUAUGUGGGUUAAAGGGCCUGAAGAUGGAAAACUUCGUGUUUUCAUCAACGAGUUUCCUCCUUAUCAAAACUGGUGA